AAAAGUUUUCAGCAGCACAAACAUUCACAGGUGACGUGGUGUCAGAGAAAUUUUUAUCAGCACAAACGUUCACAGAUGAUGUGCCAUCAGAACAGUUGUUAGAACCUCAAACGUCUGCUAGUCCAGCAGAGAAAGAUGGGCCUUCCGGUAGUUUACAGUGUCCUGAGAAGGCUGCUGAUUAUCCUCCACAAGAAUCUACUCAAGUAUCAUAUCAAGAAUUAUUGCAGUCUGGCUCUCCAGUUUUGGCGUCUUCAUCGCAGGAGCGUGACAGGGAACGCCGCGAGAGGUCCCGUUCUCGUGAUCGCCAUAGAGACCGCCGCUCGCGGUCCAGAGACAGAGAUAGGCAGAGGGAUAGAUACAGAGAUAGUGACAGGGAUCGCAAUAAAGACCGAUUUGACAGGUGA